GAGAUCGUUCAAGAUAUUUGUAAGAUGCUCAAAAUUUUCGAAAUAUGUUAUAAAAAGUUUUAAAGUAUUUUUUUCAAAUUUGUAUACCAGUAAAGGAUAAGCCAAAAUUCUUUUAUCAAUAUUGAUCAUGAAGGACACUGCGAUAGUUGGUAAACCAGUAGAAAUUGGUCUUCGAUUAAUUGACUCCUGGCCUGGUGCUUCUAAUAGAAUUGGGCGGCUGACAGUUUGGUCUCUCAUGAUGGCAGCACUGAUUUUUCAGUACUGGGAUGCUGUGAGCGUUUUCAACGAUUUGGACAAUCUCAUGGACAACUUCAGUGUCACCAUCACCGAGACGUUGUUCUUUGUCAAGCUGAUCAUCGUCUACAAGAAUCGUCGGUAUGUCAAUGAAGUUUUGAAGCAUAUGUCAGAAGACUGGAACAGCGUUAAGAGCGUCGAGGAAUGGACCGUGAUGACGGAACAUGCUAAACUGUCCAGGAUAUUUUAUAUCUGGGCUUUAGGACUUUACGUAGGGACUGUUGUCCUUUUUCUGCCUGUUGUAAUAAAUCACUACAAUGCUGCUGAUAUAAACGAUAGGAAAUUCGUUUUGCCCUCUGAAUAUCCUUUUCAAAGUAAAGUGUCGCCCGUCUAUGAAGUCCUUUGUUGCGUUCAGUUCCUUCAGGCUGUACUAACUGCCGCCGGGAACGCUCUUACCGAAAGCCUCCUUGUAACGUUGGUGUUACACGCAGGAUCUAGAUUGGUCCUAUUGCGCAAGGAUAUAUCGCGAUUUUCUGAUAUUAGCCGGACUGUUGACGACAGGCGGAAGAUAUUAUUGGCUGGCAAUGUCCUUGUAGCCAAUCAUCGAAGAGUCAUCGAAUUUUCAGACAAGAUUGAGGACCUCUUCUCUUAUAUAUCAUUGGUUCAGGUAUUAUCGAGUACUUUGAUAAUCUGUACCAUUGGUUUCAUGUUUAUUACGUCCAUUUCAUCCACCAAGAAUAUCCUUACGCUCAUGAAAUUUGGAUUGUUCAUUCUUGGUGAACUUUGGGAGACAUUGGCGUACUGUUUGGCUGGAGAGUAUUUGAGUAAUCAGUCUCAAUCGAUCAGUCAGGCUGUUUAUGAAUGUCCCUGGUACAAGAUGCAGCCUAGGGACAGUAAGAUGCUAAUGAUGAUAAUGAUAAGAGCUCAGAAACCUCUUAGAAUUACUGCUGGAAAAUUCAUCUUUUUAUCACUGGACAACUUCACUGACCGGUACGAGGGGAAUUUAGGAAUACAGGCAGAUUCGCAACGUGCACGGGGUCUUAUGGAACUUUGAUGGAGUAUAUUCAAUGUCACAAAUCUCUGCCCAGCCCUGGGUGACGAAGAAUUUGCAUGUUUUUCCGCAAGUUCGCGUAUAGCCGUUAAAAAUAAAUGUAUGUACGCAAGUAUCGUUUUAUGGAAUUCCUAUAAAAUAUUUAUUUUUCA